CACUAUAAAACUCAAUUCUCUCAGAUUCUCUCUCACUCACUCUCUCUCUCUCUCUCUCUCUCUCUCUCGAUCACGAAAAUGUCCGGACGCGGCGGCCGAGGCCGGCAUUAUUCCGGCGGGCGCUCUAAUCCCUCGCACGGCGGAGGCGGCAGAGGAAGUUUCAGCGGCGGAGGAAGUUCAGGCGCCGAAGCUCCGGCGCCGACAAAAACUCGAGCUUAUUUUCCACCGGCGGCCUCGUCAAGCUCGGCUCCGGUGGCUUCGCUGAGUAGCCAGAUGGAGCAGAAGUUGACACUGGAGACGACGCCGACGGCCGUGGCUGCUGUGCCGCCGGCGUCGUCGAAGGCGGUGAGGUUUCCGCAGAGGCCGGAUUUCGGUACGGUCGGUAAGAAAAUUCAAGUCAGAGCAAAUCACUUCCUGGUGCAGGUUGCAGACAGAGACCUCCACCAUUAUGACGUUACGAUUACCCCAGAAGUAGCAUCAAAAAAGAUCCACAGGGAGGUGAUGAACCAACUGGUUCGUUUGUAUUCCGAGACGCAUUUAGGCAAGAGAAUUCCUGCUUAUGAUGGCAUGAAGAGCCUCUACACAGCAGGGCCAUUGCCAUUUUCCUCCAAGGAGUUUGUUGUCAAAUUACUUCCAAAUGAUGGUCGUGCUGCAGCUGCAGGGUCUUCAUCUUCUUCGAAAAGAAAGGAUCGAGAGUUUAAGGUGGCUCUCACUUUGGCUAAUAAGCCAGACCUUUAUCAACUACAACAGUUCUUGUGCAGCCAGCGUGUUGAAACACCUCAAGAGGCAAUACAAGUUCUUGAUAUUGUUCUUAGAGCUACACCAUCGGAAAAGUACACUGUUGUUGGGAGGUCAUUUUUCUCUACUGAGCUUGGGCCAAAAGGCAGUCUAGGUGAAGGUUUGGAGUACUGGAGAGGUUUUUACCAGAGUCUACGCCCAACCCAGAUAGGACUUUCCCUUAAUAUUGAUGUGUCAGCGAGAUCUUUUUUUGAACCCAUUUUGGUGACUGAGUUUCUUGCUAAACAUUUUUACCACACUGAUCGUUCCAAGCAUUUGCCUGAUCGUGAUUGUAUAAAGGUGAAGAAAACCUUGAAGCGGGUCAAGGUAGAAGUUCGUUUAAGGGACUGGAUUAAAAACGAAGAAGUUAAGAGAACUUACACAAUCAAUGGACUAUCUGCAGAACCAUUGGGACAGUUAAGGUUUACUUGUGAAGAUGAGAACACAUCAGUUGUGCAAUAUUAUCGUAAGAAGUACAAGAUUGAUCUCAAAUAUGUAGCUUGGCCAGCCAUUCAAGCUGGCAAUGAUUCAAAACCCGUUUACUUGCCUAUGGAGCUUUGCUCAAUUGUUGCUGGACAGAGAUACACAAAGAAACUGAAUAAAAAACAAGUCACUAACUUACUAAAAGCAACUUGUCAACGUCCUCGGGACAGGGAAAAUAAUAUAACACAGGUAUACCAUCACUGGCUGGUUUUUAUUUUGACAAUGAAAUAUUUCUAUCUUCUAUGUGCUCAUACUGUCACAUCUAUAUAUGGACAGAUGAUUAGGGAGAAAACCAACAAUAGAGACGAUAAAGAAUCUCUUAUAAGGAGGGAAUUUGGAUUACAAGUGGGAGAGGAAAUGGCAUUGGUUAAAGCUCGAGUUUUACCAUCUCCAUUGCUUAAAUACCAUGACAGUGGUCGUGAAAAGAGUGUUUAUCCCCAGAUGGGGCAGUGGAACAUGACAAACAAGAAAAUGGUCAAUGGAGGUAGAUUGCAAGUCUGGGCAUUUGUCAAUUUCUCCAGAGUAUCCCAAGAUAUUACUUUUGAGUUUCUUGGGGCUUUGGUGGAUGUGUGCAACAGUAAGGGGAUGGAGUUUUCUCCCCAACCCUUGCUUCCAGUACAGUUUUCUCAUCCUGGACAAAUUGAGAGGGUACUCAGGGAUAUUCACAAGUUGUCUGUUCAGAAAGGACGACAACUUCAGUUAUUGAUUGUCAUUUUGCCUGAUCAAAGUGAUUCAUCUUAUGGGAAGAUCAAACGAACCUGUGAAACAGAAUUAGGAAUUGUGUCUCAGUGCUUAGAGCCCCAGAAAAUAAAAAGGUGGAAUACACAAUAUUUGGAAAAUCUUGCCCUUAAGAUCAAUGUGAAGGUUGGUGGACGAAACACUGUUUUAAAUGAUGCAAUUUAUAAGAAGAUGCCUGUUGUGACCGAUUGCUUGCCCACAAUUAUAUUUGGAGCAGAUGUUACUCAUCCAGCAGCCGGGGAUGACAGUAGCCCAUCAAUAGCAGCAGUCGUCGCCUCAACGGAUUGGCCAGAGGUCACAAACUAUAGAGCAAUUGUUUCGGCGCAGCAUCACCGUGAUGAAAUAAUCAAAGAUCUCUAUAAAUCACACAUAUCUGAGAAGGGUGUUCAUGGAGGAAUGAUAAGGGAACUUCUCGUUGCCUUCUACAGACAAAAAAGAUUAAAGCCGUCGAGAAUUAUAUUCUAUAGAGAUGGGGUCAGUGAAGGCCAGUUCAGUCAAGUUUUGUUACAUGAGGUGGAUGCUAUAAGAAGGGCUUGUGCCUCUUUGGAGGAAGGAUAUAUGCCAACAGUAACGUUUGUGGUGGUACAGAAAAGGCAUCAUACUCGCCUUUUCCCUGCUGAUCAUAGCAAUCGUGGUCAGAUGGACAGGAGUGGCAAUAUUCAACCAGGUACUGUUGUUGACACCGAGAUUUGCCACCCUACAGAAUUUGACUUUUAUCUCAACAGUCAUGCUGGAAUCCAGGGAACGAGCCGUCCAGCACACUACCAUGUUCUGUUUGACGAAAACAGAUUCACUGCCGAUGGUUUGCAAGUUUUAACAAACAAUUUGUGUUAUACGUAUGCAAGGUGCACCCGAUCGGUUUCUAUAGUGCCACCUGCUUACUAUGCUCAUCUGGUAGCCUUUCGAGCACGGCAUUACAUUGAGGGUGACUCAUCCGAUGGAGGUUCUACAACUGGUGGGGGUGCACAGGUUCUCCGAGCCCUUCCGGAGAUCAAAGAUAAUGUGAAAGAAGUGAUGUUUUAUUGCUGAUCAAUAAUAAAUUCUAUUAUGUGAUGGUGAAAAUGACGAUUAUGUAGUGUAUUUUCACAAAUAUCGUAUGGGGAGUGAUUUCACAUGUAACCUAAUGGAUGACCUCUCUUUUUGCAACCCA